AUGUCUUCGGAGCUGGAGAUUUCUUUCCGUCCGGACCUCGAUCUGACGGAGUUGAUGCGUCAACGAGCUCAAUCUCUGCAGCAACGAGGCCAGAAAAGGCAGGACGGAGAACGUCUGCUUCGUCCCAACGAGACCGUUUAUCAACUGGACUUCAGCAAACAAUCCCUAAAGUUCUCACGGUGGUCGGUGUGCCUUCCAGAUAUCGCACGCCUCACAAUAACCGCCACUUCUCAGCUCUGGACGCCGGAUUUAACCAACCUGAUGAAUCGGCAACUUCUGGAGCCAGCUGGAGUUUUUUGGAGGGGAGAAAAGGACCAAAGCGUCCAAUUCUACGAGGCCGAUUCGUACGAAUUUGGGGAAAGAAUCGCUGAGUUGGCAAAGAUAAGGAAGGUGAUGUACUUCCUGUUUGCCUUUGGAGAAGGAUGCAACUCUGAGACUGUCAGCUGCUCCAUCAUCUUCACAACAGACAGUUAA